UCGCGUUAAUGACAGCUUAUGACCCGCCGCCAUUUUGUUGGAGACCAAAUGUCAUACACACCCGUUAAAACCUGUGGAGACAAAACUGAAGGGUGAAAGAGCAGCCUCUAUCGUAAUUUUUUACCAUUAGGUCAUCAAUGUGCAGCUUCCCAGGUGCUGAGCUUUGUAUACUUUCCUUCCCUUCAGCAAUUGCGGCACUGACAGCCGGCCCUGGUGUAGCUGUGCACUACAAAUCCCAGCACAGACAGUCCCUGGCAUGUAACCUACACACAGCACAAGCCUCCAUCUACAUCCAGCAAAGCACAAACCCCACUGGAAGCACACAAACAGCAAUAUCAGGGUCGCUCAACGUAUAGCACAAUAGAGGGAGACAUGUAUUACUGCAAUGGGGACAACUGCAACCAGACGGACAACGCCAAGGAGAAAGGACACCCAAGAAACCUGAUCCCGGAGUUGUGCAGACAGUUCUAUAACCUGGGAUGGGUUACAGGAACCGGAGGGGGUGUCAGCAUUAAAUUUGAGGAUGAAAUAUACAUUGCACCAUCUGGAGUCCAGAAAGAAAGGAUUCAGCCCGACGACCUGUUCAUAUGCGAUAUCGACGAGCGUGACAUCAGUUGCCCCCCACCUUACAAGAACCUGAAGAAAAGUCAGUGCACCCCUCUGUUUAUGAACGCCUACACCAUGAGAGGCGCUGGAGCUGUGAUCCACACCCACUCGAAGGCCGCGGUCUUGACCACGCUGCUAUAUCCAGGGAAGGAAUUCCGGAUCACACACCAGGAAAUGAUUAAAGGAAUUAAGAAAUGCAGCAGUGGGGGUUAUUACAGAUACGACGACAUGCUGGUGGUUCCCAUCGUAGAAAACACUCCUGAAGAGAGAGACCUUAAAGAGCGAAUGGCAAGAGCCAUGGAAGAGUAUCCAGAUUCCUGCGCGGUCUUGGUUCGUCGGCAUGGAGUCUACGUCUGGGGAGACACUUGGGAGAAAGCAAAGACUAUGUGCGAGUGCUACGAUUACCUGUUCGACCUUGCGGUGCAGAUGAAACAGCUCGGUCUGGACCCCGCUGCUCUUCCGGCAGAAGAAAAUGGAAUAGUGUAGAGCAGUGUUUUCCAAACGGUGAGUCUCCAGCUGUUGCAAAACUACAACUCCCAGCAUGCCCGGACAGCCGAAGGCUGUCCGGGCAUGCUGGGAGUUGUAGUUUUGCAAAAGCUAGAGUCGCACUGUUGGGAAAAACAAACACUGGUGUAGAACACCUCGAAAGACGACUCCGACCCAUCGGCCCCCCAGGAAUAAUCUGGUGACGUCCCUCGCUCCUCUCACUCCUCACCGUGGUCCAUCACUGUGAUUUUAUUUGUAGUUUUGGAAUGUCCAGAAUUCGGCCUUCGCUUGUCUUUAGCCAUCUCUUACUAACACCAAGUGUCCUGUCCGAGACAGGGGCAGUGACAUUUUUAAUAAACUUUAAUAGAGGGA